AGUGACGUAAUCUGCAGGCGCGCGAAACUCCUCUGAGUGCUCUCGGCUGUGUAUGUCUGUUUCCGACCUUUUAACGGGCUUUUUUUGCUGUAUUUUAAGUUUGUUACACAUUUUACUGUCAGUUAUCGAUAUUUACACACCGCUCUGUCGCAUUAAUGCCGCACGAUAGUCGCCUCCUCACAGUAAAUACUCGGUGGUUUGGUCGGUAAUACGAAGAGCAGGAUGGCAGCGUCGCUGCAGCAUCCAGGAUAUGAGGAGGAGAAGCUGCAGAGGGUCGCAGACCAGCUGCCGUGCAGGGACGUCCAGGCGGGGACACUGCUGUCUCUGAUGGGACAGCCACAACAGUACAGCUACCCUUCAAUCUUCAUCUACGGUCAUCGAGCCUCUGGGAAGAGUCACGUGAUGAAUGUUUUACUGAAGGAACUGGAGCUGCCUCACGCCACAGUCAGCUGUGUCGAAUGUGUUUCCGUCGCGCUGCUAUUUGAACAAGUGCUGCUGUCCUUCUUUGGCUGCGAUGCUGCCUCCCAGCUCCCCCGCAGUCCCUCCCUGUCUGACUUUGUACGCAUCUACAGACAGCAGUGCUCCCAGUCUCCUGCCAAGCAGACGCGAUACAUUGUAAUGGAAAAAGCCGAGCUUCUGAGAGACACAGAUGCCAAUCUGCUCCCUGCUCUCCUGCGUCUUCAGGAACUGGUUGAGGACAACGUCACCGUCAUCUUGCUCAGUGAAAUCGUUUGGGACAAGUUCAGACCCAACACCGGCUGUUUCGAGCCCCUUCUGCUCCAUUUCCCUGACUACAGUAAAGCUGAGCUGCAGCAGAUCUUGUCCCAGGACAGACAUCCUUCAUAUUCGGCUGAGUUCUACUCCUCCUACAUCAACAUCCUGCUGGGAGUCUUUUACUCCGUCUGCCGAGACCUCAGAGAGCUACGCCACCUGGCUGCCCUUAAUUUUUCCAAGUUCUGCGAGCCUUUGGCAGAAGGAAAAGUGAAAGAGAGCGACACACACAAGCUGUGGAGAAACAUCGAGCCUCAUUUGAAAAAAGCCAUGCAAACCGUGUACCUUCGAGAGGUUUCCAGCCUUCAGUGGGAGGAGAUGCAGCAAAUGGAAGAGAAGGAAACCAGAACUGUGAGAGGUUUAUCUGCUCACACUCACGUUGAACUGCCUUAUUACUCCAAGUUUCUGUUGAUUGCUGCCUACCUGGCAUCCUACAACCCCGCCCGCACAGAUAAACGCUUCUUCCUCAAGCAUCAUGGUAAAAUAAGAAAAACAAACUUCUUAAAGAAAAAUGAAAAGACAAGUAACCACCUUCUGGGGCCCAAACCGUUUCCUCUGGACCGACUGCUCGCCAUUUUCUACAGCGUGGUGGACAGCAGAGUCGCCCCGACCGCCAGCAUCUUCUCUCAGAUCUCCUCCCUGGUGACCUUACAGCUGUUGAGUCAGGUCAGUCAUGACGACCAGCUCGACGCCCCCAAGUACAAAUGUGCCGUUUCCAUGGACUUCAUCUGUGCUAUAUCCAGGACGGUGAACUUUGAAAUUGUGAAGUAUCUGUACGACUUCCUGUAAACCUGCUGUGCACAAAGGAGAGAUGACACACACACACACGUGACAGUAAGACGAAAAAAGGGGGAUUUCUCUCCACAUGAGCGCACUUAAGGACAAGCAUUUGGCAAAAAAUGAGGAUCUCCGACCGUUGUAGAUAAUUUUGUGCAGGAAAAUUAAUCCAAUUAUGUCGCUGCCCUCUUGUGGUUGUUGAAUGAGCUUGACUGUCCAUGAUGAACAUUUGCAUUUGUGUAAAAUAAAUGCCAUAUUGGCAAUUACACUUCA